ACAUUGCUCCUGGUAGCCUCGUCGUUGACUGACAUUGGUUCUGCAACGUCAUACUGAAAUGGACGCCUUGUAUGCGAGAGUUUCGGAGGCAAUCGCCGCUAUACCUAACGACACUGUGGUACAUCUGUUCGGUGAACUACCGACCACGGGUGGGAAUGACUCCGGUAAAGCAGCCCGCGCCACUCUCGUCAGCAAACUCAAAAGCUCCACGCCAGGCAGUCACACCGAGAUGUUCGGCAGCGGAGACAGGUUCGUAGAUAUUUUCUUUCCCAACCAUAACUCAGCACCUUACGAGGGGGAUGUCUCCCUCACCGGCCUAGACAACAACUGGUGGUCGGACUUUUCAGUCGCCUCUCUCUGCCAGGCCAUGUACAACCUCACCACAGACCUGCGAAAGCAGCUGAAACGGGACGACAUCAACAACGCUGUAAACAGGAAGAACGCCGAGCUUAAAGCACGUUCAAUGGAGUUUUAUGCCAAGGUCUUCAGUGAAACCUACGUGAAAGGAACAUACAGCACGAUCGCAGAUAAGGCAUCGGCAAGGCAGCAUUACGAAUCGGCACUGACAUCUGAUGCUUGGAUCACGGCAAAAAGGGCUAUUGCAGCUGAAGGUAUGUGGACAGACGCGGCUUGGGACCUGUACCAUCACUGGGUGAAGCUACACCUGCUAGGCGCCAGCAAUGCAGAGAUAGACAACAUCAUCCAACAGCUCAGCAGGAAGGAGCUCCUGAUUCCGCCUGAGGUAGGAGUGGGGAACUGGACAAGCUACACGGCCUGGAUGAACCCGGCGGCUAUCACAUCACAAGACAUCGAGGGUGAUGCGGCAGCAGGAAUUUUGAAGACAGUGCCCAUCACAGUCAUCACUCCUGGCCCAUACCCCGUCCCUCCCACAAUGAUGAAGGAAGAAAACUCUUUCGAGUUUACAGCAGACGGCCAACCAGGGAGAGGGUACCGUACUAGCGGCGGCAGUGGAGGCGGUGGUGGUGGCGGCGGAGGUAAUAUAUUCACCAGCUGUUUUUCACGGGACACGAAGGUGCUCAUGGCGGACGGGACUACCCUUCUUCCCAUCCGCUCAGUCGAGGUAGGCCAAGACGUCUUCACGCUGCAGGGUCCGCGACGAGUCGCAGUACUGUCAACUCCAAGACGGAAGGGGCGUCUCUUAUACUCCAUCAACGGUUGCUCCUUCAGUUUCACAGAAACCCAUCCUUUUGUUACGGCAGCUGGGCACAAGGGCGAAGAGGGAGGCCACGGGCUCGCUGCGGUGUCUCCUAGGACACUAGUAAACUUGGUUCCAACGCUUUCACGGCUCGGAAUUACCAAGAUUGAGGAAGGAACAGCCCUCUUGUCCCUGAAAAACCAAGAGCCUCACCCGGCCUCGGUCAGCUUGUUAGAUCAACAUCCUGCUACUGCCGAGAAUGCUGAUGACUACAUCUAUGACUUGAUCUUGGAGCCUACCGACAAGGGUUUUCCACAUUACUUUGUGGGAGACGGUACUUCGCUGUUCCUCGUAGCCUCAGAGGUUCCAAGAAUCGAGAUAGCGCCUCAUCUAGCUACUACAGUACUGAAGGCACUCCAUGUGGCCCAUGACAGCCUUCAUGGACGACCAAUACAACGAAACAAUGGAGAACCUCCAUCGAAAGUUCCACAUGUCUUCCAAUUGCUGUCCCCCGCCUUAGCCCUUGUACAUGUGCCACCUCUUCGACAAGCACAAGAAAUGGUCCAGCAAACUCAAGACGCAACUGCACCUUUCAGCGUCGCCGAUGUCUUGAAAGUCUUCGUCCAAGAGAAGACCACCCCAAACCAAACAUCUUACAGACGUGAGCUAGGCGAGGCUUGCGAACAAAUCGCCACUCAUCACGGAGAAGAGAUCGACGCUAUGGUAGACCUCGGAUGGAGAAAGAUAGGCAAGGAAGAGAAAGAUGAUAGCGAGCAUGUCAUGUCGGUCUCAAUCCUUGACAUCAUAUUUCACGAUGUUCCUAUCCACAGCCCAGGAGAGCGCCUUGCCGUUGUUGUAGAAGCUAAAGCCAAAGAAACGUCAAAUAAUGCUUGGUGCGAAGAGUCUGAUGAGAAAACAGGUUCCACCUUCGUGCGACACUGCCGACGAGUCUUCUACUUCCAGGAUGUGGAUGUAGAUGAUGAAAGUCUUGUUGAAAUCCACUUCCACGUCCAUCACCUUGGAGAAAAGCGCGCUCUACCCUACACCGCCCGUGCGCUAGUCCCCGGAGCGCUGGAACACAACUACCGCAUGUUUGAAGCCGUAUUACGGGAGGAAGAUGAGCAUGAGGUCGGGCUGGUCAGGUUUGACGUUCGGCUGCUGUGUCUGGAUGCAGUACAGGAGGAGCAGAAGCGUUCCAAGACGUGGAGCGAAGACGACAAGCAGGCGUAUGCAUUGGAGCUGGGACAGCGAUACGGAGAGCUGUUGAAGAUGUACUUAGAUAAUUCAGGUUAAAUUUUUCACGAGGUUAAAGAUGUGUUUCAGUUCAUAGUUGGCAACAUUAUAUGGUUAAUUGCUAUGAGGUUUGUUGGUCAUGUAUUAUUCUGCUUCUUGUCAAAUCCACAUGAAAUACUUUAUGGAAUAUACGGUAACUGCUAUAUAUGAUUCCAUUUUUGUAAAUGAUGCUUGUACAUGUACAUGCGGCACACGUGUAUACAAGUAUUUAACAAACUUCUAACGGUGAAAAAAGGCAACAUGAC